AUAAUUGUGACAUGACAUUAAAAACAUAACCUUAAUUGUUUAAAUGUUUUACUUAAUUUCCUAUUAUAUAAAAUAUCCAUAGGCUCGUAGUCAAAUAUUAAGUAUAUUUUAGUGGUAUGAUGUUUAAAAUUUAACAAAAUAAAAAUGGGAAAGAAAACUAAAGUAGGAAAACAAAGAAAAGAUAAAUAUUAUCAGUUAGCUAAAGAAACAGGGUUUCGUUCAAGAGCAGCCUUCAAGCUAAUACAACUCAAUAGAAAAUUCGGAUUUCUACAAAAAUCACGAGUAUGUAUCGAUUUAUGUGCUGCUCCUGGUGGGUGGAUGCAGGUGGCCCACCAAAAUAUGCCGGUUUCAAGUGUAGUCAUAGGUGUAGAUUUGUUUCCCAUAAAGCAAGUACCUGGCUGUAUCAGUUUGACUGAGGACAUUACAACUGAAAAAUGUAAAUCAGCAAUUAAAAAGGAGAUUAAAACGUGGAAAGCUGAUGUUGUUUUGCAUGAUGGUGCUCCCAAUGUUGGUCUUAAUUGGAUCCAUGAUGCCUAUCAACAAGCAAGUCUCACCUUGAGUGCCCUUAAAUUAGCAACCAAUUUCUUAAGGCAGGGGGGGUGGUUUGUGACCAAAGUUUUCAGAUCCAAGGAUUACCAUGCAUUAUUAUGGGUAUUGAAACAAUUUUUUAAGAAAGUUCAUGCCACAAAGCCACAGGCAUCCCGUAAUGAAUCAUCUGAGAUUUUUGUUGUCUGCCAAGGCUAUGUGGCUCCUGACAGUAUUGAUCCUAAAUUGUUGGACCCUAAAUAUGUAUUUGAAGAUUUGGAAAUUGUAAAGAAAAGCAAGAAUAGUAUAUUACACCCUGAGAAACAAAAGAAAGCAAAAGCAGAAGGGUACAAAGAGAAUGAUUAUACUACACACCACAAGGUUAUGGUGACGGAAUUUUUAGGUAAUGAUGAUCCAAUAGAUCUACUUCAAGAAUGUUCUCAGAUUGUAUUUGAUGACAAAGAAAUAGAGAAUCAUCCACUGACUACAAUUGAAAUCAAAGAAUGCUGUAAAGAUAUCAAAGUUUUGGGUCGAAAAGAUGUGAAAUCAAUUCUUAACUGGUUAAAACACAUUAAAGAUUGGAAAAAUUCCCUGGGUGCUGAGGAAAAAAAAGAGGAUGAAAAAGAGGAGGAAGUGGAGGCAGAUAGUGAUGAAAAAGAUGAAGAUGAUGGAGUUGAUGCUGAAGUUGCUGAAUUACAGGAAGAAGAGAAGCGCAGUUUAAAAAGAAAACGGAAGCAGCUAAAUAAACAAAGACAAAAGUUAGCAGAGAAGAUGAAUCUUAAAAUGGUUUUGAAAGGUGAUGAUGGGCCAAUCUUGGAAUGUAACGACAUGUUCAGUUUGUCUGAUAUUAAGAAUGCAAAGCAAUUGAAUAUGGUGAUAGACCAACCACCAGACAUAGUGGCAGAGCAAGAUGACUCUGAUGAUGAGUUGAGAGUUAAACAGAAAUAUACAAAGUAUGAUGUAGAAUCAUCGAAGUUAGACUCUUCGGGGCUUUACUACAAAGACUCUGACAGUGAAUUGGAAAUGGAGUCAGAUUCAGAAAGUGACCAUGAAAAGGAGUCGCUUGCCUUUUCGGAUUCAGAAAAUGAAUCUAAAAAAAUUGAUAAAAUAACAAAAUUAAACACAUUACGGAACAGCAAUAUUGUGAAAAAACCAGUUAACACAAAGAACAAUCCUUUGCUUACGGACUUGGAUGAUACAGACCCUGUGUCUAAGCGAUCUAUGAAAGCUGAACUCUGGUUCCAAAAGGAUAGCUUUAAUGAUAUUUCUGAUGAGGAAGAUGAAGGAGUGGACUUGGAUAAAUUGGCUGCAACAUACAGAAAUAAAGGGAAAAAAGUUGCUGAAGGCAUUCCUACUGCACAGCAAAAAGGAACUAAAAGAAAAAUAGAUGCUGCGCCAGAAAGCUCAGAUGAAGAAUCAUCAGAUAGUGACUAUGAUGUGGAGGAUAACAUUGCACCUACUGAUGGGAAAGUUGGUGCUAAAAAGAGUAAAAAAGAUGGCUUUGAAGUUGUUUCUCAAGAUCCAGAGUUAAAAAGAUUAAAGAAAUCUUUGAAAAUGGAUGCAGAAACGUUAGCGCUAGGCACAAUGAUCGCUACGUCCAGAAAAUUUAAACGCGACCUUGUGGAUGAUGGCUGGAAUCGAUACGCAUUCAACGACAAGAACCUGCCAGACUGGUUCCAGGAAGAUGAAAAGAAACACAUGAAAAAAGAAGUACAAGUUCCAGAGAAAUUCAAAGAGGAAUACAAAAACAGGAUGCAAGACAUAAAUGCGAGGCCAAUUAAGAAAGUCAUCGAAGCCAAAGCUAGGAAGAAGAAACGCAUGAUAAAAAAAAUGGAGCGCGCAAAGAAGAAGGUUGAAGCUGUUAUGGACAACGCAGAUAUGUCCGAGCGAGAAAAGGCGCAGCAGGUGAGACAACUAUAUAAAAAGGCCCAAUCGGAUGGCAAAAAGAAGGUGACAUAUGUCGUGGCAAAGAAACACACUACUGCGAAACGUAUGAAACGACCGUCGGGUGUUAAAGGACAAUACAAGGUGGUUGACCCGAGAAUGAAAAAAGAUAUGAGAGCGCAAAAAGCUAAGGAGAAGACAAAAGGACGCGGUAAAAAAGCAAAGGGAAUGAAGCCAAAAAGUAAGCCGGCUAAACAGAGAGGUAAAAAAGCAAAGUAAAGGUGAAGAGACUUGUAACAAUGUAAAUAAAUUAUGAAUAAAGCAUUGUUCAAUAA